AUGGGACCAACUUUGCUUGAUGUAAACAUUGACAACAGUGUUCAAGCAUCAGCGAUUCUUUCACUUGGCCUCCUUUUUGCUCAACGUGGAACAACGACUUUCAUCAAUCGUCUUUUGAAUGAGAUGGGGAAAGGACCGCAUCCGGACAGUGAACCUUCAUGUGAAAGAUACGCAUAUGUUUUGUCGAUUGGUAUGGCAAUUGGACUCGCUGGCCUGGGUCGAGGCAAUCGCCACAUUCCGCAGGUUCCUUUCGUCGAGGCAAAACCCGGACUUAUUGAGCGACUGCUGAUCAUGAUGGAAGGAGGACCAAAGUCUCGUGCCGUUUUCAACACAGACGUAUGGACGGAAUCAGCUUUUUCUGAAGAGGCACAAGCAGCACCGUCACAGAGCAACUAUUGCAAGGAAAUCAAUGAUCGAAUCAAUAUCCACGUCACUGCGACGAUUGCUUUUGGUCUGCUCUUCAUGAAGACACACAACAAAACAGUCGAAUUUCUUCUGCGAUUGCCAAACACAAUGCCAGAGCUUGAGAAGAUUAGAGCUGAUGUUGUGCCGGUGAGAGUGAUCGCUCGUGCGCUUGUCAAUUGGAAUGAGAUUGAACCAACGAAAAAGUGGAUUAUGGAACAGGUGCCAGAAGUUGUCAGAACUCACGCCAACAAUGCUAUCGGACUUCGUUGGCCGAACAGAAUCUUUGAUGCACGAGAAGACGAUUGCUGUGACCGGAUAGUUGAUCGAGAAACUGUGGCUCAGGCCUAUAUUCACUGUAUCGCCGCCGCGUGUUUUGCUGUCGCGUUGAAGUUCGCUUCGACAACUUUGACAGAAAUGAAGGAACUUUUUAUGGAAUUCAUCUUGAUGUUGACGCCCGACGAAAAUCAAACGCCCGCGCACGCUCGUCUUGUUCGUUUGGCAGAAAAGGGAGCCGUGGCUGUGUCAAGGAAUCUUCUCAUCUCAGCUCUUGGAAUUCUGAUGGCCGGUAGUGGAGAUGUGGAUGUGUUUCGAUUGUGCUAUUACCUUCGACGCUCGGAUCCGGUGGCGAAUUGGUACAAGAACUCGUAUACCCAUUGCAUUCAAGCGGCCAUUCACACGACUCUCGGAUUUCUAUUUUUGGGAAAUGCCAGAUACUGUUUUGGGCAGAGCGACCUUGCAAUUGCGUCUCUUGUGAUCGCUUUCUACCCACUUGUUGGACACCAUGCUGGUGAUCAUCGCUUAUACUUGCAACCAUUCCGUUUCCUUUGGGUGCUGGCGGUUGAACGGCGACUGAUUUAUGCAAUUGACGCGGAUAACAGCAAAAUGUGUCGAGUACCAUUGAGAAUUCAUUUAAAGGCGGGAACAAGUUCGCAAAGCAGAUGGGUAAUUGAAACAACGCCUUGUCUUUUGCCACCACUUUCGGGUAUCGUGGAGAUCGUCAUUGGAGGUAGUCAGUUUGAGCAAAAGAUGCUGAGCCAAGGGCAAAUUGCGGAGAUUUUGGAGAAACAGAACGGAUGUAUCCCUGUGCAUAAAGCCAGGAAGCAUGUUUUGAGACAAGCGGCUCUACUAGACGAAGAAGCGCACAGAAUUGACGCCGGAGAGUUGGAGGGAGUCGAGGUGUGGCAAUGGACGCCGUCGAAUCAGGGACACGAUUCAUCGACUCUAGACUGGCAAAAGAUGAAGGAAUGUUUGGAUCAAGCGCGCGUCGAACCAGGCGCUUUUGAUAGUCGUGGCAUCUUGACGGGUCCGGUCAUCGAUUUGUAUCAGAACUCUUUCAAAAACGAGAGGCUCAUAGAAAAGCGGGAUGUUCGUAUGGCGAAAACUUUCUUGCGAAACGAGUGCAAUCCAUCGAUGCUCGCUCACUUCAUGCAACGUCUUGUUGAUGUGGCUGAAUCGGAAAAGUCUGCUGCCGAUGCUCAUGAGCCAUCCAGCUCAUCUCAGGAGGUUCAACCCUUCUCUCCCGAGGAUCUCAUCUUCAACUGGCGAUACGUG